GGAGGGUGUGUCCCGGAAGUUAUGUUGGAAGAGAUGAGCCAAGUUAGAAGCUUAGAGUGAAACACUAGAUCUGAAUAUUUUACUAUAAGUAGGCCUGAAACAAAAUAAUGGAAUGCAAUUUUAGUAAUCAUAGGAGCAAUAAUGCGGUGCUUAUCAAAAUAGGUGUGAACAAAUUAAAUGCAUCUAAAAUUUUAUAGUUAGGAUCCAUUUUAGAAGAAAAUUGGAAAAAUGGAUUAGGAUGUUACAUAGAAUAUAUACAGGUUGGACUGUCAGAAUGGUGAAGCUUGCCAUCGAUAUUUUGUGACCCUGAAUUCUCAUUAAUGUUGAAAAGAAAAUAAAUAUUGUUGAUGUACGACCAGUGCAGAUAAAGGUUUUGGGCCACUAAAUUUGCAAAAUGAGAAAAUUAGGUUAAGAUGGUUUAGGCCUGGCUUAUUUAAAUUUAAAGGAAAGCACCCAACCCAUAUCGUAGGAUAAAGGCUUCAUCUUGUUGUGUUUGCUACAAUUUAGAAGGAUAUUAGUAUCCUUGACAAUGAUGGUAUACACUAGUUUGCUCUUUGUUUGCUGGAAUGGCAACAGAGUGCAACUUUAACUGUAGAUAUUGCAUGAGCUAGCUUUCUCUUGAUUUACUUUACAAACAUAUUAGUAUCAAUUGCUUCACCCGUGGUAAACAGGGAAAAAAAUGCUUUGAAAAGAUCCAUCUAAGGAUGGCCAUACGAGAGCUUUUGGCCUAAAAAUCAUGGAAGGGACAUUCUACAAAAUCACCACGAGCACCCAUUAGACUUGAAAAUGGACUAGUUUAUUUCCCCCCUUCUUUCUAUUGUGCACUAUGUUUGCCUUUUAACCUCAAUAGAACUCUUAAUAAAUUGUCGAAGAGGAAGAGCAGAUUCAGUGUUCCUUAAAGAUCUCCUGCACUAUACUAAACAUAAGUUCAUUAUAUUGGUAGAGAAAAGUAAAUCAGAGAAAGAGUUUAACUGCGAGGUUCCAGGUAGGAGACCACCAGGUGACAAAAUUAAAAAGAAACUUUAAAAAGGUUCAUUGCAUAGUUUGAGAUGAAAUAACUUUAUCUUCUUGGCCUCAAGGAAAGGGAAAAAUUAAGCAAAAAAUGCACAAUUCUGAGUUUGCUGCUAAUUAUUUGGGUCUUGAAUCUUUCCAGCUAAUUGAAAACUUCUGUUAAGUUUUGCUGCAAAACUUUUCGUAUUGCAUUUGAUAUUACCUUCACCUUUCAUUACUCCUUGUUUAUUACUUGUAACUAUGAGCAGCAAAGAAAAAGCUCUAUUCAGUUUUGAAAUGAUUGGCAAUUUAUUUGCCACAGAAGCACGUUACUUUGCUCUAGUUCUUUCGUUUAUUAAUUUUAUUUCUCGGAUUUACUACUUCUCGUGAUAUAUUGGUUGGCAUGGGGAACAGAGUUGCAACUAGCAUUCCCAGAUGAAACAGACCCCAGUAACAACCAAAAACUUAAAAAGUGUAUGUGCACGCUUGUGUGUAAGAACUUCAAUUUAGGUUUAUAUGCUUGAUUUUCACUUAAUGUUUGCUUUUCUGAUUCCUCAGGUAAUUUCAGCAGCAUGGCAACUCCUGUUGAACCACCAAAUGGCGUAGGAUCCCUCGGGAAGCACUACUUUUCCAUGUGGCAAUCUCUUUUUGAGAUUGAUACGAAAUAUGUACCAAUAAAGCCUAUCGGUCGAGGUGCUUAUGGUAUAGUCUGCUCAUCAAUUAACAGAGAAACCAGUGAGAAGGUUGCAAUCAAGAAAAUACAUAAUGUGUUUGAAAAUCGUGUUGAUGCCUUGAGAACGUUACGUGAACUGAAGCUUCUGCGCCAUCUUAGACAUGAAAAUGUGAUUGUCUUGAAAGAUGUGAUGAUGCCAAUUCAUAGGAGAAGUUUUAAGGAUGUCUACUUGGUCUAUGAACUCAUGGAUACAGAUUUACACCAAAUUGUUAAAUCCUCUCAAACUCUUUCAAAUGACCACUGCCAGUAUUUUCUGUUCCAGUUGCUUCGAGGCUUGAAAUAUCUCCACUCUGCAAACAUCCUUCAUCGUGAUCUGAAGCCUGGAAACUUACUUGUCAAUGCAAAUUGUGAUCUUAAGAUAUGUGAUUUCGGUCUUGCACGUACAAACAGUGACAAAGGGCAGUUCAUGACAGAAUAUGUAGUUACUCGUUGGUACCGGGCCCCAGAGCUCCUACUUUGCUGUGACAAUUACGGCACCUCCAUUGAUGUCUGGUCUGUUGGUUGUAUUUUCGCAGAACUCCUUGGAAGGAAACCUAUCUUUCCAGGGACCGAGUGCCUUGAUCAACUCAGGUUGAUUAUAAACAUCCUUGGUAGCCAAAAGGAACAGGAUCUUGAAUUUAUUGAUAACCCAAAGGCAAGAAAGUACAUCCGUACACUUCCAUAUUCCCCAGGGACCCCUUUUACACGCAUUUAUCCUAAUGCUCAUCCUCUGGCCGUGGAUCUUCUGCAAAAGAUGCUGGUAUUUGAUCCAACCAAAAGGAUUAGUGUGAGCGAAGCACUUCAGCACCCGUACAUGGCUCCCCUCUACGAUCCAACUUGUGACCCUCCAGCCCAAGUACCAAUCAAUCUUGACAUAGAUGAAGAUCUAGGGGAGGACACAAUAAGGGAAAUGAUGUGGACCGAAAUUCUGAACUACCACCCUGAAGCCACCGAACUAGUUGAUAUGGAGGUUGGUGACCAAAUUUAAUCUGAUCUCCAUUGCCGCAAGCAGGUCUUGGUAGUUUCUUUGUUGUAAAACUAGAAUGUUAGUUUCCGUUUAUUAUUUCUUCCUUCAUGCAAAUAAACCCAAGGAAUCGCAUCCGCAUUUUGAGCUCUGAUGCUUGGAUAUCCUACAAUAUGCGCAUCUUUUUUUGUACAUAAGGUGUAUGUUUGUGAUGCACAUCUGACAUCUGUUAUAACUCACAAAAUGUUGUUGUACAUUAAUUCUGGGCCCAAGUGCAGCCAUCUAUUCUAUGCGCUGAUGUAGUCGUAUCAAGGUUCCAUAAGCUGAGUUACUUUAAAAGCAUUACUGGUCAUGGAGAUGUUUAACAAAGAUAAUAUAUGAGCAUGAUUCUAAUGUGAUGGAGAU